UGCGCUGAUGCCAGGGCCGGGCGGUUGCCUGUGCUCCCCAUGGAAUGUUUGCAUUUGAAUAGGAGCUGGACAAACGGAUGCUCCCUGGGCCCUUCAUUCCAGUUGGUGACGGCUCCAAACCAGACGCAGCCAGGGCUUGUGCCAAGGUGUGUCCCAAUGGGCAGUGGGGAUCCUAUUGUGCUGGGCUUCUCCUUCCUGCUCACGGGGCUCCUGCUGCUGUGUGCAGACUGCAGCCCCCAGCCCACCUGGGGCUAUGCAGCCUAUGAGAUAGUAACUCCACAGAAAGCUGGCCCUAAGGCAGGCAGAGCCAGCCAGGGCAGCAUGUCCUACUUCAUCAGCAUCCAAGGUGUGAAUUAUACCAUUCACCUCAGGCAGAAGAAAGACUUUGUAGUAAAAAACUUUCCUAUACUCACUCGUGACUCCAAAGGGCAGGUCAUGAUCGAGCAGCCCCGUGUGCUGGCAGAUUGCUAUUACCACGGCUACGUGGAAGGCAUCCUGGACUCCAUGGUGACUCUGUCCACCUGCUCUGGGCUCAGGGGACUGCUGCAGAUUGGAAACUUGAGCUACAGCAUCGAGCCCCUGGCAGCUUCCUCCACAUCUGAGCACCUUCUGCUGCAGAGGGAGGCGGCGGUUCCUGGGACGGUGAUCUACAAAACGCCCCACGGGGGCAGGCGAUUUCCAGGCCACGGGACAGCACUAAGGCAGUUCCAGCCCUGGGGACGCACGCGGUACUUGGAACUCAUGGUGGUGGUGGACAAGGAGGGGUUUGACACCUUCGGCAGAAGUAUAACAAAUGUGGGACUGGAAGUUAUUGAAAUAAUCAAUCUGGUGGAUGGACUGUUCUCCUCUUUCCGCCUUCGCGUGUUAUUAACAGCACUGGAGAUUUGGACAGAGAAGAACCCUAUCAGUAUCACCAAAAACAUAACUCAGGUCCUUCACAGUUUCAAUCGCUGGCGGGUGCAGCAUAGCCCUACACACAUCGUGCAUGAUGUGGGGUGUCUGUUUGCCUCGCUGGAUUUCUGUCACAGUUCGAGAGCAUCGCGCAUGGGCGGUGAAUCAAACUUUGCCGGUGCAUGCAACAGACAGCGCUCCUCUGCUGUUAUAUCCUUUGCAAAACAGACUUACAUCAACACUGCUGUCCACGUCGCCCAUGAGUUAGGAUAUCUCCUUGGCAUGAAGCACGAUGACGAACACUGCAGGUGCAGAAAUGCCUCUAAAUGCAUCAUGAACCCAAAGAGCACAGUGAGCUAUGGAUUCAGCAACUGCAGCGCAAAGUACUAUUUUGAUUUUAUAACAUCAGGGCAAGGAAAAUGUCUGAAUAACAUCCCAUCGUCUAUAGUGACAUUUGUACCACAGCGCUGUGGGAACGGUGUCCUCGAGGACAGGGAGGAGUGUGACUGCGGCUCAGAAGAACAGUGUAAAUCGGACCCUUGCUGUGACAACACCUGUCGAAAGAAAGAAGGAGCCAUUUGCAGUUCUGGACAGUGCUGCAAGGAUUGCAAGCCUCUUCCAGAAGGAGAAGUGUGUAGGAAGAGCACCAGUCCAUGCGACUUGCCCGAGUACUGCAACGGGACAUCUGAGCACUGCCCAGAGGAUGUGGCCAAGCAGGAUGGAACCACGUGUGCUGCGGAUGGCUACUGCUAUUCAGGCAAAUGCAGAUCUCGCACAUUACAGUGUAGGGACAUCUUUGGCAAGAAAGCACAACCUGCUCCACUACAAUGUUUCCAGGAGCUGAACACGAAAGGGGAUCGGUUUGGCAAUUGCUGGGGAGAUGGGGCAGACAGCAAAUUUCAGAAAUGUAAGUUAGAAAAUGCCCUUUGCGGGAGGGUGCAGUGCACGAAUGUCAGACAUCUGCCUCAGACAGAAGAUCACUCAACCAUCAUCCAAACCCCAGUGGGCGAUACCUGGUGCUGGGGCACAGACUACCACGUGGGCCUGGACACCUCGGAUGUUGGAGUCAUCGAGGACGGCACGCAGUGUGGUGAGAAGAAGAUCUGCAUCAAUCGGACGUGCGUCCCUGAGGAGAAGUACCUGGCAUCCCACUGCUCUGCCAACGGAACCUGUGGAGGAAAAGGUGUUUGCAACACUAAAGGAAACUGUCACUGCGACGAUGGCUGGGCACCUCCCUUCUGCCAGUACACUGGCUUUGGAGGAAGCAUCGACAGCGGGCCCACACCAGUCACGAAAAAAGGGCUUUUUAAGUCGAUUGUCAGGAUUACCAUAAUGACUGGCACUGUUCUGAUACUUGCAGCACUUGCCAUUGAAUAUGUCAGAAAGCUUAUCACAGCCCGAAUGUUGAGCAGAUCUGCUGGAUGCUGUCAGUCCAAAGAGGGGGCUCCUGAGAAGGAAGAAAGCGACUCGAAAUCAGCUGAGAGUCAAAGCUCCCCGGUGUAGGACUUCAUGCAGCAGCAACUGGGCUCAGGCAAUAG